AUGUUAUUAAUGGUAUCCUUUAAGGGUAUAAGAAGAGCCAUUCCAAUUCUUCUUGUUAUAUGUGGACAUUACUGGUUACAAAUGGAGAUGCAGCUUAACAUUUUUUAUUCAGAUGAGUAUAUUUUUACUGCAAUGGGUUUUGAAGUUGGACCCCUCUACUUUCUCAAGAUGCCAUGUCAGUAUUUGACCAACUUGGACUACUUCAUGUUGCUUAUAAAUGCAGAAAGGACACAAUUACGAUUUUUUGGGCUGACUAAACAGACCCAAAAUUUCUUUAUCCUGGCAUUGCCUUUUGAAAGAUACCUAAUUGAAGUUAACGGGCUUACUUACUCUAGUAUCAGGGUGUCGGAAUAA